AUGCCACGGAAGGGAAGGAAGAAUGCCCCGCUGCAGCUUGUGGCGCCGGAGCCGACCGGCGAUGAGUUGGAGGCCGACAUGCUGUGGGACCGCGUGAAGGAGGUGGACGAUAAGCCCUCUUUCAUGGACGGCUCCCUGCUGGACGCGACCCGGGCGUGCUUCGAGGGGGAGAAGGGCUUCAGCGGCACGGGCGAGGCGGCGCGGACGGCCUUCGCGGGGCGGCCCCGGCACCUGCUUGCCCCCCGUGCGCGGCGCCAGUUCCUGGAGGCGGAGGCGGCGCUGCGGCAAACGAUGGAGAGCACCAAUAACGUUCAGGAGGAGGCCAAGGACUUCGAGCUGCUGAAGGAAAACGAGCAGGAGGAGGCCCGGCGAAGCCGGGAGAAGGUCACCACGACGGCGCUGAACCUCAUAACUGAAUUAUCGGAUGCACGUCUCACUCUCUUGGAGGACAUGGAUGAGUUGGCGGCGGACUUCUUUACCGAGCAGUGUGGGAUGCUUGAGACGCUGACCAACCUCGCCGUCAAGGACAAUGAGGUGGAGGCGGCGUUUCUCGAACAGCAGACGACGCAGCAAAAGUGCCGUGAAGCGGAGCGGCGGUAUUUCACCGAGCACGGAGAGCACGUUGUUCUCAUGGCCGAUAUGCAAUACGAGACACGGCGACAGCAGGAUGAGAUGCUUCGCUCGAUUGUCCAACGCCUGGAACGGGGGGUUAGUGAAAUGACAAAGCUGUCCGUGGAGGAGUUGGGGGACAAAGUACAUCAGCAGGAGGAGAUGUCGCAGCUCAUUGUGGAGCUUCUGAAGGUGCAGGGGAGGUCCGCCGUCCUCGAGAAGAAGACGACGACGAUCGCGGAGCAGAGGACCGCGCUGCAGCGCACGAUUGCGCUGGAGUUGCAGAAGCAGCAGCUCUGCAUCAGGCGGCAGAAGCAGCUUAGGGACGAACUCAGCUCCUUGACCGCCGCCGUGCGGGAGAACGAUAUCCGGCUCCUCGCAGCGACGGGCAAUACCACCCCAGGCGCCGCCCACGCGGCCACGCCGCCCGUGGUGCCCAACUCUCCCAACACCAUUACGGGCCUGACAGAGCCGGAUGAGGAAAAUGGUUUGGCGCUUCUGACCGUCGCGGCGCAACGGGAUUUGGAGGUUAGCGCCACGGAGCUUGCAGCGUACAAGAAUGAGCUUUGGUCGCUGCGACGUCAGCAUCUUGUGCAACUUAGUGGACAAUAUCAACAGUCCAAGCUGGAAAAGGCCUCCAGUAGAGCCACGCGGGGUUUCCUUUUAGAUGCGGACACGAAGGCCGCUGUUCGCUCGGUCGUUCUGGAGGCGCUGAUGCAGGUGAGCCAAAUUCUUGGCGUGGCAGACGACACCGCCAGCUUCUCUGACAACGUUGAGCGUUUGUUGUCUGUGGCCGAUGUAAGGGAUCGCCAGGCUAUUCAAGACUACGUGGCGAGACGCAUCAACACGCUGUUUAGCUGCGUCUGCCCAACAGCUCCGCCGCUUCUGUUUCUCCGAGAGCCGGCGCAUGUACAGUCGGAAAUGUAG